AUGAACAAUCACAACGCAAGACCGAGCCAUGCGGAUUCAAAAGACGACUUCCGUGUCGACACUGAGAAAGUAACACCUGAACUCCCUUUGAAAAUUACGAAAUCAUUGGUGAUUCGUAAAACAGAAAUAAUGGCGGCACAGUAUCAUCGCUGGUAUCACCAUGCCAUCAUACUUCUUUCCGCGUUUAUAUGUGGAUACGGCUACGGACUCGAUGGUAGCGUUCGAUAUGUCUACACGAGCUAUGCGGUUUCUUCGUAUUCCGACCAUCCUUUGAUAUCAACAAUCACAGUGGUAACCGCAAUUAUAAGUGCAGCUUCUCAAAUUGUAUUCGCGAGACUAUCUGAUGUGUUUGGCAGAUUAUCACUGUUUAUUACAGCUCUUAUAUUUUACGCGGUCGGCACCAUCAUCCAAAGUCAAGCUACAGACGUUCAGAAGUACGCUGCAGGAGCUGUCUUUUGGAGCACGGGAUACGUGGGUCUUCUGCUCAUAUUGAUUCUGAUUCUGUCAGACUUUUCAUCUUUGAGAUGGCGAUUAGUCUACCAAUUUGCUCCUUCGUGGCCUUAUAUUAUCAACACUUGGAUUGCUGGCACUGUGACAGCUCGUGCAAACCCACAAAAGCACUGGUCAUGGGAUAUUGCCAUGUGGACUUUCAUUGUCCCACUAUCCGCAGUUCCAAUGAUACUCUGUAUGCUGCACAUGAGACUGAAAGCCAGAAAGACUGAGCAGUGGGCGGCCCUUAAAGAUGAAAAGAGUUUUUAUCAAAGCCACGGUCUUCUUCGGACAUUAUACGAACUAUUCUGGAAGCUAGACAUCGUUGGUGUUGUGUUGAUGACAAUUUCUGUGGGGUGUAUACUUGCACCUCUAACCUUAGCAGGUGGAGUCAAAUCCAAAUGGUCUAAUCCUCAUUUAAUUGGCCCUUUGGUUCUGGGAUUUGUCCUUCUACCUCUUUUCAUGGUUUGGGAGAGCAAAGCUGCUAGACAUCCAACUGUGCCCUACGGUCUAGUUAAAGACCGCGCAGUUUGGGGUGCGCUGGGGUGUCAAUUUCUAAUUGGAUUUAUCUACAACGCUGUCGCUGGAUACAUUUACACCAUUCUUAUUGUUGCAGUAAACGAAUCUGUGAAGUCGGCUACAGUUAUAUCGUCACUGUCAAGCUUUGUGUCCACGGUUGCAUCCACGUUCUUUUCGCUAUACAUCACAAGGUGUACCAAGCUCAAGGGCUACAUAGUUGGAGGAUGUGGCAUCUGGAUGCUUGCGAUGGGACUUUUUUACCACUACAGAGGUGGCGAGUUUGCGCAUUCUGGAAUCAUUGGAGCGAUGGUUAUAUGGGGUCUGGGCGACACUCUACUAAUCUACCCAACUACAAUAUCUGUUCAGUCAGCUACUUCACACGAUAACAUGGCGACUGUGACAGCUUUGAAUUACACACUUUAUCGUAUUGGUUUGGCCACAGGUGCUGCCGUUUCGGGUGCCAUUUGGUCCCAGACUUUAUACAAGGCCCUGCUUUCAAGGCUUCAAAGCGUUGAGCAAGCAUCAGCAGCCUAUAGUACACCUUUUGAAUUUAUUUUGACCUAUACCUGGGGAACUCCUCAAAGAAAUGCUAUGGUAGAAGCUUACAGGCAUGUCCAGAGGUAUGAGUCAAUUGUGGCCUUGGUUUUCACGGUGCCGCUGUUAUUUUUUGGCCUUUGCCUGAGGGAUCCUCCAUUGACUGAUAAAGUUGCCCAGGAAGAUAUAAGUGAUGGGGAGUUCUUGGACAAAACUCAUGAUGAUCCAAUCGCUGAAUGGCUAGCAGGAAAAUACAGGCGGUUAAUUGGCAAAGUUUUGUAG